AUGUUAUCACUGGGCUCUCUCACCAAAUACGUUACGUUUUGGCGACAUGCUGAAAAAUUAAAAACAUUUAUGGAAGAUAUGAUUCACGAUUGGAACACAAUGGAUGACGAGGAGCUGAAGAUUCUUAAAGAGUACGCCUACACGGGAAGACGUUAUUCAAUCAUUUUUGCAUUAUUUAUGUAUCCGUCGAUGUUUCUUACGAUGGUAUCUCACUUCACAUCUGAACUCCUGGACAUUGUAGCGCCAUUGAACGAAACCCGUCCUCAUGUGUCUCCAAUAGUAACGGAAUACUUCAUAGACGAACAAAAGUACUUUUUUCUGAUCGCGUCUUAUCAGUGCCUGAUGAUCAUCCUAAUUGGAACAACGUUUAUUGCAAAUGAAUCUAUUGUUACGAUGUUGAUACAGCACCUUGCUUCGUUGUUUGUAAUUGUUUGUCAUCGUAUGCGCGAGGCAAUUCUGGAUUGUAUUCCCGUUUCUGGUGUUCAUGGAAGACAGUUCCAUCCAGUUAACAAAUACAAGCUAAUAAAAUCUGUGGAAUUACACAGAAGAGCGUUAAAGUUUUCCACUGAUUUGAUGUCUACCGUUGGAGUAUCGUAUUCUCUUCUUCUAAUCAUAGGUGUUCUUUCUCAAAGCAUUGUGUUAUUUCGUUUAUCACAAACAAUAUUCCUGGUAAACCGAAUGGGAGAGACGCUGCAAUCCAUAAUAAUGAUUAUGGCAAUUUUUGUAUACAUGUUUUACAUCAACUUCUUAGUGCAACAUGUGGUAGACCGUGGCAAUAAUAUUUUUACGUUUUUGUAUAAUACAGAUUGGUAUAGAACGUCGGUAUCAACUCAGAAGAUGUUAUUCAUUAUGUCGAAAAGUUUUAGACUAAUUAAUACGAAAAUUUUGUUCGUGUACUACCCCUCUAUCGAAGGAUUUGCGAUUCUGUUAAAGACAUCCCUAUCUUACUUCUUGGUGAUGUAUUCGUCUCAAUAAAAAUGCAUAUAUUUCUGUUAUGUUCGCAACAGAUCCUACAUUGUUGACUUGCGUUUGCAUUACAUACUGAUUCCACGAUCACUUGUCAUCAAUAAAUUUAUGUUUCACCGAA